AUGUUCCACUCCAAGUCGCAGUCCAAGUCCAAGUCCCAGUUCUGUCUAGUCCUGACAUUCGUCCUGGCUUUUUCGGGGGCCAAGGGCGACUACGAUUGGUACGGCGACUAUUCGGGCUCUGAGCUGGACUACAUCUUCGCGGAUGCCAACUACGAUGCCGUGUGCCCCCCGGGCGGCAAUCCCGUUUGUGCCACCGAUGGCUACACUUACCACCCAUUUGGCAGCAAGUGCCGCCUGGAUUCGCACAACCUCAAGCAACUGUUCGCUGGCAGGAAGGAACUAACCCAUACUGAUCUGUCCUACUGCCCCGCGUAUCCCGCCCCCUCGUAUGUGCCUGCUGAGGAUUACAGCCCGAGGAGUUCGCCCGUGCAGAGUUAUGCCCCGGUGCAGUAUGCCUCGUCCUCUGGCCAGAACUCCUAUGCCUACGCCGCUGCCAGUGGUCCUUAUGGCGCCAAGGCUUCGGCCGAGGCUCCGGGUCCGUAUCCUGUGGCUCCACCCUCCUACUCCGUCUCGUAUCCCUCCGCUCCCGCUGCCUAUGCCCCGCCCCCGGCCAGGUAUCCUGCUCCGCCUGCUAAGUAUCCUGCCCCACCCUCAUCCUAUCCCGCUUAUUCCAAGGCUGCCUAUAGGCCCGCCUAUGCCGCCGUUUAUAGCUAUGCCAGCACCACCAAGGCGCCGUCCAGUGGAUCGACCUCGGCCGCGGCAACCACCACGAAGGCCACUAGAUAUCCAGGAUACCCCACCGCAUACCCAACCACCACGGUGGCCACCACAGUGGCAACUACUAAGGCAGCAACCACAGUAGCCACCACCAAGGCAGCAACCACAUUGGCAACCACCAAGGCAGCAACCACAUUGGCAACAACCACAGUGGCAACUACCAAAGCAGCAACAACACUGGCAACCACCAAAGCAGCAACAACAUUGGCAACCACCAAAGCAGCAACAACACUGGCAACCACCAAGGCAGCAGCAACUACAGUGGCAACAACGAAGGCAACUACUAAGGCAGCAUCCACUGCAGCACCAACUGCAGCACCAACUGCUGCUGCAACCACUGCAGCACCAACUGCUGCACCCACUGCUGCACCCACUGCGGCACCAACUGCUGCAGCAACCACAGCUGCAACCACUGCUGCUCCUUCCGUCGGAUAAAGUAGAGAUGGGCACCACCACCCCCCGAACGACUUGGAAAACCACCGGAAAACCAUCGGAAAACCACCGGACAACCACUUAAAGGCAUCACCAAUCGAAAUCAUAAUUUAAACCACAGCAAUAUGUAGAGUGUUCCAUUUAGCCCCAAUAAAGCAAUCAGUACAGCA